CGCGCAACCGGAGACGCAGGGCGGUGAGGCGGCCCCAGGGCCCCCGCGCUCCUCUCCUUUCUUCUCUCCCUCUUGCCUUUCUUCCUUCCUUCCUUCCUUCCUUCCGCCGCCUCAACCGGGCCCUCCCCGGCCCACGCCGCCCCAGCCCCCGGUCCCUGCCAUCCCAGCUUGGCCCCCGCCACCCCGGCCCACAAUGGAGACGAAUCCGCCGAAGCGGAAGGAAACGCGCAAGUCGCUGCGGAUUAAAGUCAUCUCCAUGGGCAACGCGGAGGUGGGCAAGAGCUGCAUUAUAAAGCGUUACUGUGAGAAGAGGUUUGUGCCCAAGUACCUGGCCACCAUUGGCAUCGACUAUGGCGUCACAAAAGUGCAGGUCAGAGACCGGGAGAUCAAGGUGAACAUUUUUGACAUGGCAGGGCACCCAUACUUCUAUGAGGUGAGGAAUGAAUUCUACAAGGACACACAAGGGGUCAUCCUGGUCUAUGAUGUUGGACAGAAGGAGUCUUUCGACGCACUGGAUGCGUGGCUGGCUGAGAUGAAGCAGGAGCUGGGCCCACACGGGAACAUGGAGAACAUUGUCUUUGUUGUCUGUGCAAACAAGAUUGACUGCAGCAAGCACCGAAGCGUGGACGAGAGCGAGGGGCGGCUCUGGGCGGAGGGCCGCGGCUUCCUGUACUUCGAGACGUCGGCACAGACAGGAGAGGGCAUCAACGAGAUGUUCCAGACCUUCUACUCUGCCAUCAUUGACCUGUGUGACAACGGUGGGAAGCGUCCUGCCUCCAGCAUGGGCGUUGGCUUCACCAAAGAGCAGGCAGAUGCCAUCCGCAGGAUCCGCAGCAGCAAGGACAGCUGGGACAUGCUGGGGGUCAAACCCGGGGCCACGAGGGACGAAGUGAACAAAGCCUAUCGGAAGCUGGCCGUGCUGCUCCACCCGGAUAAGUGCGUGGCGCCCGGCAGCGAGGACGCCUUCAAAGCCGUCGUGAAUGCCCGGACUGCGCUGCUCAAGAACAUCAAGUAGGAACAGAGCCACUCGGAGCUGGAAACCUUCCCCUCUUCCCAGCUUGCUCCCUCUCCUCCUCACACUGGCACGGACACCACGGGAGCAGAACUGCAUCUCACCUCCUGCACUUGGGAUGUGCUGGAAAGAGGGCAAGAGUGCUGAGGAGGAGAAGGGGAACCUAGGACCCUCCCUGAUCCUAGGUCAGUGGUUGGUGUAAGUUCUGAAAGCAGUGAGGUCCUCACCUGUCCUGGCUAUGUUACUACCUGGGAAUUACCAGGGAGAAACUUGCUCCAGCGGUAACUGGAGUUACCACUGCAGGGAGAAACUGCUCCAAGAGUGUCCUCCUCUUUGUCCCCAGGCUGUUGUGAUACCAGGAACAGUCUCUUUGGCAGGACUAGGGCUCUCUUCCAGCACCCUUGUUCUCAGCACAGUACAGUCUCCUACCACCACCUCCUAAAGCUGCAGUUCUUCAAGCCAGGUGCUCGCUCCCUCCUAUCCCUCUCCUCAUGCUGCGCAGGUGAGCUUUGGGUAGAUGUCACUGCACCACUCUCCUUGGAAGGAGGCAGGAGGAAGGUACUUACCCAAGGAGAAGUCAAUUCAUGACUGUCUGUGAGCUCUGCCCUUCCUCUCCAUGGCCAGCCUUAUCUCCUGAGCUUCCCUGGCACCACAGAGUGGUGUGGAUGCCCGCAAUCACCAUGCUCUUGGAUGGCAGAGGGGGCACGUUCUCCUCCAACCAUCUCCUCUCACAGCAGCAACAUGCCACUGCUGUUGCUGGUUGUCAUGGGUUGCUCCCUCCUAGUCCUGGCUGCUCUUUUUGGUUUUUUAAAUACUUUUGUUCAUUUAGAGGGGAGCAUUCCUGGUCACCCCCACCCCUGCAGAGGCUUCAGAUCUGGCCAUCAUGUUGGUGAGGCAGAGCAGAGCUGUGAUGGCUGCUCCUAAGAGGAGGGCAAACAGGAGGUUCCUUGGGUUCCAUGGUUUGGCCAGGACUCAGAUUUCUUCCCUUGCUGCUGUGUGAGCUUGGCAGGGAAGAUCAAGACUAUGAAAUGAAAAGUGUGAAUGAUGUGUGCACUUACUCCACCCCACAGGUGUCCUGUCCCAGACUUUUCUCCUGUGGUCCAGUGUAAUAGGAUUUGU